AUGGAUGAUACUGGGCAACCGUCACAAACGCCCGGAGGACAAAUCCCAGAGAGCGUGUUCAUUGUAAGAAUCCCUCAUUUGUCCAACAAAUUCGCCGCUCAUGUCUAUCUCUUCUUCCAGGGCGUCCUUUGGGCCUUGACCGGUACAGCGUUUGUGUUUGUGCUUUUCCGCCUCUACGUUCAGCUGGCCUACUUCCACGGACUUUUCAUUGACGAUUUCCUGGUCAUUCUCGCUUGGAUCAUCAUCCUCACUGCAGCAGUGAUCUGGCAAAUCUACGGAAGACAUCUCUUCCAAUUCAACCGAGUUCUUUCAGGUCAGGAAUCCCUCACGCUUUCGGCUUUAUUGCAAUACCACACGUUUAUGCAUUCAUUAGCUCCGUUGCAGAUUCUCUUCUACACUGCUCUGUGGUGUAUCAAGUUUUCAUUCCUGUCGUUUUUCUACCGCUUGAGCUGCAGGAUCAAGCCACUGUGUCUCUGGUGGGUGAUUGUGGUUGUCAUCACGGCGGGGGUCUAUAUUGCCUCGGUGGCGGAUAUUGAGUACAAGUGCAGCUUUGGUGGUCUGGAGUACGUUAUGGAGCAAUGCCCCCGACUGAGUCAUAUUCACUAUGAGAAUCGCAGUUUCUGGGCCAAUUGUGCUGGUGAUGUGGUAACGGAUAUGAUGAUCCUGUCUAUUCCGAUAUCGGUAUUGUGGAACGCCCAGAUCACCCGGCGGAGGAAGAUUGUGCUUCUGAGUAUCUUUUCCGCCACCAUUUUUAUCAUGGUCGUUGCCGUCAUUCGAGUUGGAGUCAAGACGAGCCUCGAUGAACAGAUUGACAUUGCAUGGUUAUGUUUUUGGAGUUUUGUCGAGGUGGAUGCUGCAAUAUUAAUAUCCUGCGUUGCCUCAAUGAGACAAUUGUUCAUCAGUGCUCAAGCGAAGAGUACCAGAGAACGAAGCACCAGCAACCAGAACUCGCUAGGACGGGGCGUGAAGAGUCCACCGGUUGUAUCGAGCCGAGUACAGCCAGGUCGGGAUGGGAGUGAUGUGCUUUCUUCAGAAGGGGAUGUGCCACUUUCACCGCUGAGUCUUGUCCAUGUGCGUCAUGACUUUAAAGCGACUCGCGGUGCUGCCAAAGAUCGGAUGAGAGAUGAAGAAACAGGGCAACAGGAGAUGUGGAACUCAACACCAACUCGUGAGCCUCGCCAGUGA